AUGAGGACUUCAUUUGCUGUUUCUGUUUUCUCUGCACUCGCAGCAGUCACCGGAGUGACUGCCAGUCCUCUGCGUUCCCUUCGGGAUGUGGUCAAGCGCAGCCCGGAUGGCAACUUCACCCUUUAUGAUUACGGCGUUGCCUCGAGCCCGAUCAAGUUGUUCUACGCUGAUGGACUUGCCUACUUUGGCACUGCCUCGGACUGGACCUACGGCUCCGUCGUGACCGAUAUCACUCUUACCUUCAGCGACGGCGAGAUCUCUACCGAAGCUCUCACCGACGGCGUCACUCUUGCCGACGAUACUCUGCUGUACAUCCGCCCCAACGAUGACGCCAUCACGGAGGUCGGUUUCACCGGGGACGACACCCCCUCUGAUGCCGUGACGGACAAGUGGAUCUGGUACGGCGCCUGGCUGAUGUACGAGGAUGACUCUGGGGAGCUCUUCGAUACGUUCUAUGUCAAGGAGACAAACGUGACAGGCGUGUGGCAGCUGUAUUGGGCCCCGGUUGGGGUUUCGACCACUGGAUACACCUCUGCCAAUGUUCGUGAUAUCGCCUAG